AUGGCGACCCGCCCGGCGCCUCCCAUCCCCUCGGGCCGCUCGAGGCGCGACCUUCCUGCAGGUGCCACCGAUCCCCGCUCACGACCCAAGCCCAGAAUUGGCCAGUACAUCAUCGAGCGCACCCUCGGUACCGGCUCAUUUGGCAAGGUCAAGCUUGCCACGCACGCCAUCACUGGUCAUCAAGUUGCACUCAAGUUAAUUAACCGGAGCAAGAUCACGACGCCCGACAUGAACGCGCGUGUCAAGCGCGAAAUCCAAUACGAAGUGAUAACAACGCCGACGGAUGUGAUCAUGGUGAUGGAGUAUGCGGGCGAAGAGCUAUUCAACUACAUUGUGGCCAAGGGCAAAGGCGGGAUGGACGAGAAUGAGGCGCGGAGGUUCUUCCAACAGAUGAUCAGCGCUAUCGAGUACUGCCACCGGCACCACAUUGUGCACCGUGACCUGAAGCCCGAGAACUUGUUCCUCGACUCGCAUAACAACAUCAAGAUUGGCGACUUUGGCCUGUCUAACCUCAUGACGGACGGCGACUUUCUCAAGACGUCGUGUGGCAGUCCAAACUAUGCUGCACCAGAGGUCAUCUCGGGCAAGCUGUAUUCGGGGCCCGAGAUUGAUGUGUGGUCCGCCGGCGUCAUCAUGUACGUCCUACUGUGCGGAAAGCUGCCGUUUGACGACGACCACAUCCCGUCGCUGUUCAAGAAGAUUGAAAGCGGGCGAUACACGAUGCCGACGCACGUGUCAAAGGAGGCGCAGCAUGUGCUGCAGCGCAUGCUAGUUGUCGACCCCGUCAAGCGCGCGACAAUUGCCGAGAUCCGCAAAAUGCCGUUCUUCACCGAGCACCUCCCUCAUUACCUCCAGCCGCUGCCGCCAACACCGAUCUCGGAGAGAUACCCUUCACUGCCAAUGGACGAUCUGAGCACGCUGUUACUGCUCAACGAAGGACAAGCGGACCCGAAGCAGCUUGCCGAGGAGAAGGGGCUUGUGUUCACCAACGACCUCGGCAUUAUUGACGCCGAGAUUGUGACAGAGCUCCUCCAAAAGAUCUCUACGUACACCGAGCCAAUGGUGUGGGAGGCGCUGCAGAAGGAGGGCGACAACCAAGUCAAGGUCGCCUACCAGCUUGUGAGAGAUCACAAGCGCAUGCUGCGCGACUCGAUGUACUCGUUCGACGACGAGGACCAGUCGGCGCUCGAGGACUUUAUGGCGUCGUCGCCACCGGCGUGGAACGCCGAGGUGCCGCCUCCUGGCGGGCGCCCGCCUGACGCGGGCGACGGUGAGGAGAACGACCUUGACGAGGUGGAUCUCGAGAUCCAGGACAUCCCGAACAGCCACUUCGAAGUGCUCGGGACCUCACUGCCUGGGAAGAUCACACCGUCGAGCGGCGACAGCACGGAAGAGCAGGAGGCAGCGGAGCGUGCGGCGCGUGCCCUCCUCUCUCAGCCGCCUGCCCCAGCCCCAGCGUUCGAGGCCAAGCCUCUCCAGAAGCCGAGGUGGCACUUUGGUAUCCGCUCCCGCUCGCCGCCAAUGGAGGUCAUGCUCGAGAUCUACAAGACGCUCCAAUUGCUGGGUAUGGAGUGGCGACGCAAGGAGAACAUUCCUCUGCCUGAGAUCGGGCCCGUCCCGCCCGGAGGGUACACCGAGGAGGUCGAGGAGGCGCUUUGGAAGUGGCGCGAGGAUAACCCGGACAAGGAGCCACCUGCGAUGGGCCGCAAGCCACCUGGGAAGAAGGAGGCGGCGGCGAACGAGAAGGCCGCACAGGGACUAUUCUUCGUUGAGACGCGGGCGCGGUACGGCGACGUGAUGGUGCGCAUGGACUUACAGCUCUACCGCGUCGACGACCAGAACUACCUCGUCGACUUCCGCAACUUUGGCUACUACCCAGUAGGCGAUGCGGCGAACGGCGCUGCGCGCGAGGACGCCCCUCCCGGCUCGGUACCAGGCUCGCUGCUGAGUGUGGGGUCGCUCCCAACAAGCAUGGCCAAACCCGGCACGCCAGCCAACCCCCUGCCACACACCAUGGCCAAGGAGUUUGGGCACGGUGUCAGCGGCCCGUUCCACUUCCUCGAGAUGGCGUGCCAGCUCAUCGCAGAGCUAGCGAGCGGUUGA